AUGGAUACUAAUUACAGAGCGAAUAUCUGCAAGUGGCUGCCACCACCGAGUGGCAUCCUCGAGAAAUGGUUCGCUGACUCGUCGACGCUUGUACAGAGAAUGGGCAAACUGAUGGAACGCGUAGCCUUAAUCAUCCGGGACAUUACGGACGCACAGGCUUGUGAUCUGGAGGUAUGCAAAGGAGUCGCGAACGAUCUAGAGGAGGCGACCGAACAAUACAGAUCGAUCUGCACCAUCAACUUAACCACACAUCCGAUUUACCGAUACAAGAUCCGUCAUUUCCUCACGUUGCUGAAACGGAAGCUGAACGUACUCGCGCGAUUCAAUCGCAAUCUGAUCAACGAGAUCGUCGACUGCAACAGCGACCAACUGCUCAGGAUCAUCUUUAGGUUGGUGAACAUCUACAACGAUAUCCUGGACAUGAACAUCGACGUUUCAGACAACUCGGUCAACGUCUUUCAGAACGACUGCCCGGCCAUGUUGGAGCCGAUGAAGAAGAUGUCCGUUACUCGAAUACUUCAGAUGUUAGCGAAAAACAAAGCUGAAGAGUCGUGUCACGAGUUGAUCGAUUGUCUCUUAGCGAAUUACGAGCCUCGCGACAAGAUCGAGCCCACUUCGACGAUAUCGGGAGACGCUGAUGUCUCUGAAAAUUCGAGUAUCGAGAUCUAUCGAGCCCUCACGAGACACUUAACACCGCCACUCGAGAGCUUCGCGUUGAAGAAAGAAGUGGAGGUUUCGAACAUCGAGAGCAUACAAGCUUUAGUUAAUACUCAGAAUGAACAGGUGGUCAGAUUGUUGAACAUCGUGCAAGAAGUUUCGCCUAAAUUGUUGGGCAUCGACGCGCUGAAGAGUGUCAAUGGUGAGAAGAAGCUGAGAAGCAGCGCGAUAAAGAAGGUGAAGAAUUAUUAUCAGGAAGUCGCGUGGGGCUCGCUGUCCGGCAUUUUGGAUCAUGUGGUCCUUUGGUGGUCUCCGGAGGCACUCGCCACUCGUCACAGUCACGGAGCGCAACAGUUGAAGGAUUGGUUAAGUCAAUUCAUCCAAAGGAAUCAUGUGCCCCAAACUGUGAGACCAGCGUUGCAGAAUCUUUGCGAUGCACUCGGCUAUCAUGCUACUAUUACCGAAUGGGAUCAUCUGUUUAGAUUAGCUUACACGUCUGCGUUCAAGUAUCAAUCGAAAUCCUCUUCCACAGAGGGGACCGACACAGGUCAGAUGUUCGUAGAAUUGUUCCAGUUGCUGGUUACGCUGAGCAACGAAUGCGAGGCUGGCGGAGAAUGGGUGAUCGGUGCACCGUUGGUAGAGCUACCUCUCUCAGAGCAGAUCGUCGCUCUCCAUCGUUUGGAUCACUCGAUUCACACCGCCAGAUUGUGGAUCGUUCAAGAAGCGAAAAUCAUAGCUCACACGUGGGAGCUCCACGUGUUCUUUCUUCUAGUUAAGGGCGACAUAGUGAACUGUCUCGAGGAACUUUCUUAUCUAAAGCUCGCUGAUCACACGAACGCGUUGUCCACGGACACUGUCAGCGUGCAGGUGUACGUUUGCGCGAAGAUGAGGGCGAAAAUCGUGUCAGAGGUGAACGUCAACAUGGAGUUGCUUCAGAACUGUUCUAAGCAGUGCAUAGACAUCCUCGCGAAGAUCUGCCGCGUGAUCAGCUUGGCGAACCUGCACAUGUGCUUUCCACGAUCGAGUUACUGGAGAAAAGGUAGCGACGUGGCUCCAACGACAGCUAGCCUCUACGUGGAACCUUAUUUCGAGAAGGUGUUGCUUCCGGUUCUGGAAGUGAUCGAGGACCACGAGACGUCUAACAUGAUCCUGAGAAUUAUGUGCGAGGCGUGGCUGGAUUACAUCUACCUGCAUCGAAUUAAAUUCAGCGAACACGGGGCGUUGCAGUUGCUCACGGACUUCGCGUACGUCUCGAAAUGGGUGACGAGUUGUUCGAUCAUCUCUCAGAACGUACGGGAUCAUCUGUUGAAGAACGAGGUUCUCCGACGAUGCGAGGGAGUAGGAAGAUUGCUCCUGCGACACCCUGGCGAGGCGAUUUCCAUGCGUAAACGAUUGACUAAAAGAACGAACGAGCGUGGAUCGCCAGAAUCACCUGGACUGGAACGUAUGCCAGCGGAAAUGUACGUUCCUAAUCAGGAACAAUGGUUGGAACUCCGCGCCUCGAAGAGAUACAAUUUUUGCUGCACGGAUUAA